UGAUUGUUUGUCUGUUUUUGUAGUACACACUCGGCUCCACAAGCGUCGCUGUUGACUGUCUGUACAGUAGCAUGUCCUCUAUGGAGCACGAGAGAGCAAGUCAUCGUAUAAACUGUGAUUGGUUGAUAUAUCGUUGCCAUAGCUAGACAUCUCAACAACACUUCGUAAAAAUGGCGACUCCCUGGUGAACCGAUAUUUUCAGCGAUGGCUAAUAUACUUUCUGCACGCGUUUUAUGUCGAUGUGCAUACAUUCUUCUGAUUAUUUUCAUUACGGAUGCAAAGAGCAAUGUCGUUUUUCAGCCGUCGUAUCUCGUCACAUCCGGACCUAGAUUGUCUGCUUUCUUGCUUGGAAACACAUCUGGCAUAUCCCUGACCCUAAGCUCUCUAUCGCUCUCCAAUCGCUCAGGUCGCCUUCCACCCCCAUCACGCUCAGAAGAUCUGACGCAGUGGGUUCUCACACAGGAGUUGGUGGGCAAGACUACAGUGCGAGUGCAGCUGAGUCUGAACCGCAGCCUGCUCCUGUGUGGUAAUAAUAAUGACACAGACUGCUGUCCUGCGCCACUGUGUGUGCUGGAGACUCUACAUGUGACUGCCUGUCUGGGGAACACAUCUCAGGCCUCACUGCUAAUCCAGGCUAGGAUCUAUGCCCAGGUGUUUCCCACUGAAUCUGUGUCUGACAACAAAACAGUAAUUCCCAACCAAGUGUACCGGCCCCUGGGCUCCUGUCCCUGCGACCUCACUGUGGGAGCCUGUAAUGUGCGAUGCUGCUGUGACAAGGACUGUUCCCCUGAAGCCCUGAAGUUGUUUCAGGGCCAGUGUCUUUCGGGGCCCUUUGGAGGGGAAAUUUCUCCAGUUCCUGAUUACCUGUGCAUUGCACAGUCUGCUGAAAAUGCCCCCGAUUGGUUUCCAUUUCUCUGUGUCAUCUCCCUGCCUGAAAACAAUCCCUUCCUUGGACUUUUUUAUGAAGGGGACACAAUCACACCAAAGCCCAGGCCAUCUUUCCAAAGGCCAGUGCUGUCAGCUCCACUGCCCACCCAUAUCUACCAGCAGGGGGAUCCCAUUUUUACCAUAAGUGAUCACUAUUUCACCAUUCCUCAGAACUCCCUGGUUGGCCAGUGUGUAGAUAAUGCCCCUGUGGCAUUUUUGAAAAACUUCCAAGCGCAGUGUGUGACCCGUCUCCUGUCCUGCCCAACUGGACCCCCCUUACAGACGACACCAACUGAGCUGAGGGUGCAAGUCAGGGAUGGCCAAGGGGGUGUGGUCACAGUGGAUGUCACAGAUAAAAUGGCUGUUGAUCUGAGGCCCUUUGUCGCGAGUCCUGUGGCUGAAGAUGGCAUACUGCUGUGUGAAAAUGUGACCUUGGCCUUAGAUUACAAAUUCUUCUGGAAAGGGAACGGUCUCACAAAUAUCACACUAACCCGCAUACUUGGGAAUGUCCUUUCUGCUAGUGUGGGUUUGACAGCCAGGUAUUCAGUUGUGUUUCUAAAUGGAGAUGCUUUGGCUCAGCCCAACUCAGGGAACCCAGGUUACCAGGUGGGCAGGCCUGUGAUUGGUGGGAUUGUGGACACCUUGGAGAAUGGAACAGUCAUACAGAGGACCCCAGUCAAUCUUUGGAAGCCAGUAAGCAGUGGACUGUGUGCCUCUGAGGGGAAAAUAGUUAUAUUUGGGGAGAACUCAACUGCAGGAUGUCUGUUACCUGUGAGCCUACAGAACCUGACCCAAUGUAGCCUGCUCAGUCAGAAUGUGGCCUCUCUUCAGAGGGCACUGAGCACAGCAACACACAUAGCGAGGAAUGGAGACCCAGAUGUUCUGAACCUGACUGACUGGUUGAACAUUAGCUUUGUAGAACUGAACUCCAACCAGCCUGUGGGUGGUGGUAUUGGAAUAUGUUCUGGGAUUCCCUCCCACCGGCACAUCCACGUUAGGAGCAUUGUGACAGAGGUGGUGGGGGGGUUGCCUCAGCGGGAGAUACAAGCAGUGGAAGUCAGUGACCAUGUGUCCACCUGGAAGUUUGAGUGUGGGGGGGGUGACCCCUGUCUGGAGCCGACUGGGAUUCAGACUUUCCCUGUCACCUCCUCCAUCACCUUCACUGAUAUCUCCAUCAACACAGGACCACCCAAAACCAGGUUUCAGAUUAACUUUACUGAGUAUGACUGCGACAGGAACGAUGUGUGCUGGCCCCAGCUUGCCUUCCCCCUCACCAGGUAUUAUACAGGUGAGUCGUACUCUCUGUCUCUGGCCAAGGGCCUCAUCUUGGUGUUUUUCUUCAUCACUGCCUCCAUUCUCGGGACUCCAUGGAAACAGAUCCGACAGGCAUGGAGAAGUGCUUCUCUCUAAACCCAUGAAUUUGAGAAAAAGCGCAAUUGUAGACAUACUGACAUGCCCUAGUUCUUGACGUGGGCUACUCACCUUGACCAUGACUGUCUAAUGGCUUAAAUUUUCUUGAUCCUGCUGAAAGAUAAUGGAUGAACAUAUUGUUAUUGAGCUAGUAAAUAGCCAGUAAGUAAGUAAUUUUCAGGUGGUAAGUUCGAACAUGUUCAGCAGGUUUCUUUCAUGGUUGGUAAGAAUGUAAAUGAUCAAGUUGACUGUAUUUUGAUAUUUUUGUUACCUUUUGGAAAAUCAUUUUUGGAUUAGGCUUGAAAUGUGAAUCUGGCCUGGGAUAAAUCAAAUCACAUUGUUAUUUGUCACAUGCGUCGACAACAAUGGGUGUAGACUUUUCUGUGAAAUGCUUGCUUACGAGCCCUUCCCAACGAUGCAGAGUAAAAAAUAAAAUAAUAGUAAAAAAUGGUAACUCGAGGAGUAAAAUACACAAUAAUGGAGCGAUAUACAGGGAAUACAUGUACCAGAUCAAUGUGCAGGGGUAUGAGGUACAGUAUUUCAGGUAGAUAUGCAAAUGAAGGCAGGGUAAAGUGACUAGGCAUCAGGAUAGAUGAUAAAGAGUAAAAUAAAGAACAGAGUAGCAGCAGCAUAUGAUGACUGCAGAAGUGUGUUUGUGUAGGUGCAUAUGUAGUGUACAGUGCAUUUGGAAGUCUUCAGACCCCUUCACUUUUCCCACAUUUUGUUACAGCCUUAUUCUAAAAUUGAUUAAAUUGUUUUUUUCCUCCUCAUCAAUCUACACAUAAUACCUCAAUGACAAAGCAAAAACAGGUUUUUGAAAUAUCAAAUUUUCGUAAUUAUUCAGACUCUUUUUACUCAGCACUUUGUUGAAGCACCUUUGGCAGCAAUUACAGCCUCGAGUUUUCUUGGGUAUGACGCUACAAGCUUGGCACACCUGUAUUUGGGGAGUUUCUUCCAUUCUUCUCUGCAGAUCCUCUCAAGCUCUGUCAGGUUGGAUGGUUGAGCGUCUUUGCACAGCUAUUUUCAGGUCUCCAGAAAUGUUCGAUCGGGUUCAAAUCCAGACACUGGCUGGGCCACUCAAGGACAUUCAGAGACUUGUCCCGAAGCCACUCCUGUGUUGUCUUGGCUGUGUGCUUAGGGUCAUUGUCCUGUUGGAAGAUGAACCUUAGCCCCAGUCUGAGGUCCUGAGCGCUCUGCAGCAGGUUUUCAUCAAGGAUCUCCCUGUACUUUGCUCCAUUCAUCUUUCCCUCGAUCCUGACUAGUCUCCCAGUCCCUGCCACUGAAAAACAUCCCCACAGCAUGAUGCUGCCACCAUCAUGCUUCACCGUAGUGAUGGUUUUGGCCAGGUAAUGAGCGGUGCCUGGUUUCCUCCAGAUGUGACGCUUGGCAUUCAGGCCAAAGUGUUCAAUCUUGGUUCUCAUGGUCUGAGAGUCCUUCAGGUGCCUUUUGGCAAACUCCAAGUGGGCUGUCAUGUGCCUUUUACUGAGGAGUGGCUUCCGUCUGGCCACUCUACCAUGAAGGCCUGAUUGGUGGAAUAAAGCAGAGAUGGUUGUUCUUCUGGAAGGUUCUCCCAUCUCCACAGAGGAACUCUGGAGCUCCGUCAGAGUGACCAUCGGGUUCUUGGCCAUCUCCCUGACCAAGGCCCUUCUCCCCCGAUUGCUUGGUUUGGCCGGGCGGCCAGCUCUAGCAAAAGUCUUGGUGGUUCCAAAGGUCUUCCAUUUAAGAAUGACGGAGGCCACUGUGUUCUUGGGGACCUUCAAUGCUGCAGAAAUGUUUUGGUGCCCAUCCCCAGAUCUGUGCCUCGACACAAUCCUGUCUCGGUGCUCUACGGACAAUUCCUUCGACCUCAUGGCUUGUUUUUUGCUCUGACAUGCACUGUCAACUGUGGGACCUUAUAUAGACAGGUGUGUGCUUUUACAAAUCAUGUCCAAUCAAUUGAAUUUACGACAGGUGGACUCCAAGUUGUAGAAACAUCUCAAGGUUGAUCAAUGGAAACAGGAUGCACCUGAGCUCAAUUUUGAUUCUCAUAGCAAAGGUCUGAAUACUUAGGUAAAUAUUUUUAAUACAUUUGCAAACAUUUCUAAAAACCUGUUUUCACUUUGUCAUUGUGGGUUAUUGUGUGUAGAUUGAGGAAAUGUUUAUUUAAUACAUUUUAGAAUAAGGCUGUAAUGUAAUAAAAUGUGGAAAAAGUGAAGGGGUGAGAAUACUUUCCCGAUUGCACUGUAUGGGAAUGUGUAUAGGUUUUGUGUGAGAGUCAGAGGUGUGUAUUUUUAAAUAAACAAGCAAACACCCUCCAAUAGAAUUCAUAGCAAGCAGUGCACUGGGUUAGUCAGAUUUUAUGAAAUAUAUGAUGAUAUUCCCUCUCACAGGGUAGAUUGCCAAAAAGAACUAACUGAAAGCCACACCAGCAAUAAGCUACGAAUAUGACAGCAUUGAGGCAAAUGUCCCUCCACAGCUUCAUAGAUGAUCUAAACAACUAUUCAAACCUUUCUGGAUUACAACAAAAUUCUGAUAAGUGAUAUGUUACGUAUUAGAUCAUAAAAAAAUACAACUUAUACAUUCCUGUGUAGUUUUAGUUUUCAAAUAAAAUGGUAUGAUGGUGAAGUGGA